AUGCACUUCCUGGACUGUCCAGCAGAGCUACGCCAGGCCAUCCUGUCUCACCUCCUACCCAACGAAGUCCGCGCCACAGGCUCCAUCUCCAAACCCUCAGCCGUCCUCCCCCUCCUCCUCUCAUGCAAGACGAUCCGGUCCGACGUCCAGGAGCUCUGCGCCUCCUGGACCCCGACCUUCCGCGUCGACCGGCCGCAGGACAUAGCGGGCGUCCUGAAGACCUGUCGCCAAGGCAAUGGAGGACCUGUCGAAGCAGCACCAGACACGAUCCGGCUCCGCCUCUUCGCAGAGACAAAGAUCAAGUAUAGCAAGUACGGGAAUAGCCACUGGUUCGCAAGCACCGGCGAAACGAUCAUUGGGCCGUGGGUCGAGGCUGUCGACGACUGCCUCGUGCCGAAGACGACAACGACGACGACGACGACAACGUCGAAAGCCCACACCAUCAAAACCAUCAUCAUCGACUUGACGCCCGCACCGGUGUGGAUGGAACAAGACCGACCCGACUGGGUCCGGGCCACCGUCAUUGACAGGCGCUGCAAGCUCCUGUUCGGCACCUGCGCGUCUCUCAUCGCGCAGCUGUUCGCGGCGCUGUCCGAGAAAUUCGACGACGAGGCCGGCGUCACCAUCCAGCUGGGCGGCGAGGUGGGGUGGAAGUGCCGGUCCGAGGUGGACCAGAUCGACGCGCUGGUGGGGGUCGAUGGGGACAAGAGGUACGACGCCAACGAACUCGACAUGAUGAAGCCUCCGGGGUGGCGCUGCGCGAGGACCAACAGGAGCGUGACGUUUGCUGGGUCCUGGCUGCGCGGGGGAAAGGACAACCCGAUCCACUUGUCUCUACCGCACAUCAGCCGUCGCUGGGGCGUUCCGACGAAGCUGGGAGGGGGAAGCAGCAGCAGUAGUAUUAAUAUCCCAGGGUCGGAGUGCGAACUCAAGCGACGGCGCAGGCUCCUGGCGAAGAAGGAUGGUGAUGGGCUGGAAUCCCCUCAUCUUGGACUGGACGCGUGCGGCGUUCUGGAGCCUGUGGACUGGAGUCAGGACUCGAUCACGUCGUAUUAUAAGGUGGCUCGUGAGGACGAGAGGGCAGCGAGGGAUGUGUUGGGCCGGGUACUUGCCCUUGCUGUGGAGAGCAAGCAGCUGUGCGGCGGCGACAGCAUACUUUGGUAUGAUUUCCCGCGGGCGGUGAGAGAGAGGCGGAGGUUGGUCCAUCUUCUUGCUAGUGACUUGGGACUGGCGAGUGAGAGUGUAGACGAGCAAGGGGAGAGGUUUGUGAGAAUCACUCUUUGA